AUGAGCAGAUCAGGAGAUUUCUAAACUAAAGUUGAGAUGAUUAUUGAAAAUGUAUUUAAAAAUAAUUCAUUAUCUACUUAGUAUCUUUAGAAGCAUAAAAUAUUUAAUAUGAAAAAUUCGAUUAAUCAUGUUGAUGUACCAAUUUCUGAAUUUGAUCUGCUUGAAAAAUAAAUGACAAGAAAUAAUAUCAUAGAUGAUUUAAUUCAAAAAAUAUAGGUUUUAAUUGAAGCUAGUAAUUAUAAUUCUAAAAUUGAAGUAUUUUCAUUAAUAAAUCUACAUUUAGAUUGAGUAAAAGUUCAUUCGAUUUGAAUAAGAAAUUUCAAAUCUAAGAUCCAUAAUUAUGAUGUAAUAGGAUUGCAAUCCUCCUUAAUUAACAAUUACUCGUUCUGAAAAUAAUUCGUUUAUUGAAAUGAGUGAUUCGUUUCUGAAUGAUGAAAAUGCUAUUUCUUUUAAGAAAAAAGUUAAAGAAAUUCAAGAAUAGUUUUCAAAGAAGACAUAACAAUUAGAUAAUAUGCUUACUUUAGUUAUUGAUUAAUAGUAACAGUUUUUUACAAAUUUUAGAUUACAAUUAAAACAACAAAUUACUCAAAAUCCUUCCAUAAAUCAAUUAAAUGAUUAAUAAAUAGAUAUUCAUCAAUAAACAGAUAAAAUAUUGGAUUUAAUAUAACCAAGUAAUAAUCUUAUAGUAUAUAUAUAAGAAAUCUAAUAUUUGAAUAAGGAACAUUUUGAGGAAAAAUAUUAAUAAUUUAAAAAAGCAAUGGAAGAAAUGAAGAAAAGUGCUAAAGAAAAACAAUCUCUUUUAAUGACAAUUGUAGAUGAAUGUAAAAGAGAUUGUGAAAAAAUUGAAAAAAAAUUAAAUGAACAUAUUAAUUAAGUGAAUGCAGAAAAGAAAAAAUCUUGGAUUCCUUUCAAAUGA